CACUGAUAGGCAGCAAUGAUGGGCACUGAUAGGUGGCACUGAUAGGCAGCACUAAUGAGGUGGCACUGAUAGGCAGCACUGAUAGGUGGCACUGACUGGCACAACUGCUGGUCACUGACUGGCAGCACUGUUGGGCACUGACUGGCGGCACUCUGGGCUGCACUGAUGGGCACAGGUGGGUGGCACUGAUGGGCACAGGUGGGCGGCACUUCUGCGCACAGGUGGGUGGCACUGCUGGGCACAGGUGGGUGGAACUGCUGAGAACUGGUAAUUGCAUUUCCCAGGGACCAGCGUGUCAUUGGACACGGCUGAUCACGUGG